GAAGCAAGCGGUGCAAAUAUAAAAACAGGAACCUCUUAGGUUUGAAAAUGAAUAGAUACAAAGAAGCCAAAAUAACAGUAAGAUCGGAACAUUUACUCAUCUGUUGGUGCUGUCAGGUCGGAAAAGAGCAAGAUUCUGCUGAAGAACACUGAUAAACAGGCUUAAUCAUCAAAGCUUUGCCGUUAUCGCUGGUGUGUGAGAGUCACAGUGUCCAGCAUCAUGGCCCCCUCACUGGCCACAGCUUUCUCACGCCGCUGGUGGAUGGCAGUGACAGCAGUGAUUGAGAGUCUGCUCUUCUCUGCUGUACUCCUGGGAUGGGGAUCUUUACUCAUCAUGCUGAAAUCAGAGGGCUUCUACUCCUCCCUCUGCAAAGAACCAGGCAACAAUACAAUGCAGAAUGUGUCUGAAAAGAGUGAGGGAAACAAAAGUGAAGAGUUCCUGCAAAUGAAUGGCUGGCCCAUCUGUAAAGAGCAGGAUGAGAUGCUGAAUUUGGCCUUCACCAUCGGCUCCUUCCUUCUGAGUGCCAUUACACUGCCGCUGGGUAUCAUCAUGGACAAAUAUGGGCCACGCAAACUUCGCCUGCUUGGCAGUGCCAGUUUCGCCCUCUCCUGUAUUCUGAUUGCUUAUGGUGCCAGUGAUCCAAGGAAUCUCUCAUUCCUGAUCUUCUUUGCUCUGGCGCUGAACGGGUUCGGGGGCAUGUGCAUGACCUUCACCUCCCUCACACUUCCCAACAUGUUUGGAGACCUACGCUCCACUUUCAUCGCACUCAUGAUUGGAUCCUACGCUUCUUCUGCUGUCACUUUUCCAGGCAUUAAGGUGAUCUAUGACCUGGGCGUGGCCUUCAUCACCAUCCUACUUGUCUGGGCCGGCUGUGCUGGCCUCGUCUUCAUCAACUGCUUCUUCAACUGGCCACUGGAGCCCUUCCCUGGACCCGAGGACAUGGACUACACUGUGAAGAUCAAGUUCAGCUGGCUGGGCUUUGACCAUAAGAUCACAGGCAAGCAGUUUUACAGGCAGGUGACCACUGUGGGCCGCAGACUCAGUGUGGGGAACUCCAUGAAAAACCAACCCAAAAUGCUGGCCACUCAGGACGGAAACAAGAUCUGCUUGUCCACUGUUGACCUAGAUGUGCAGUGCAAGUCUACAGAGGAGUCCCAGUCAUUCAUGCGCAGUGUCUUCAGCCCGAUCUUCCUGCUAAGCCUCAUCACCAUGUGUGUCACUCAGCUGCGACUCAUCUUCUACAUGGGAGCCAUGAACAGCAUCCUGGAGUCCUUUACUGAAGGAGACCUCACCACGGUGAGCACAUACACCUCUAUUUUUGGUGUGCUACAGCUGCUGUGUCUCUUGACUGCUCCAGUGAUUGGUUACAUCAUGGACUGGAGAUUAAAAGAGUGCGAGGACAAGAAUACGAAACAAAUCACCAAAGACCCCACCCAGCCAAAGAAGCGUGAUAGGCAGAUCCAGCAGAUCAGCAACGCCACCAGAGCCUUUAUCUUCACAAAUCUGCUGCUGGUGGGCUUCGGUUUCACCUGCCUGAUCCCCAACCUGCCUCUCCAGAUUUUGUCCUUUAUAUUGCACACCAUUGUGAGAGGUUUUAUCCAUUCUGCCGUGGGAGGCCUAUAUGCUGCUGUGUACCCCUCCUCUCAGUUUGGCAGUUUGACAGGUCUGCAGUCUCUGAUCAGCGCUCUCUUUGCUCUUCUGCAACAGCCUCUAUUCAUGGCCAUGAUGAGCCCGUUAAAGGGAGAUCCUCUCUGGGUAAAUGUGGGCCUGCUGGUUCUCAGCAUGCUGGGCUUCUGCCUCCCUGGCUACCUGCUCUGUUAUGGCAAGCAACUGCGUCGGCAAAAACAGGAGCGGGAGGACGACCCCAAGAUCUGUCUUAAGAUCAACAAUGGCAACAACCAAGAGGCCUUUGUCUGAACAUGGACUCGGACAUGAACGCCACAAGUCAGACUGAGAGCCAGGAGGCAAUAGAGGGGAACGGAGAGAGGAAUGAAAGUUGCAAAAAGUAUAAUUCAACUAUCCUCUUUCCCUUAUCCAUCUCCAUCAGUGUUCUACUACUCUUACACACACAAACAGAAACACAGACACACAGGCAAAGCAGCAAAUACAAUGACAUUGUGCCACCCAAAUAAGUUUACACACCCUGUAGUCUCAAUACCAGAUUCUCUGGGUAAACCAAGAGCAUUUAGUUACUGGAAAAUGUUCCUUUAGAAUUAAAUCUAGUGUUGUCUGCGUAGUUGAAAUUCUCCUAUGGAUUAGGAGCGUCUAGCUAAUCCAACUAGCCCCUUCUCCUAGUUCUCUGUCCAUCAUAUAAACCCAGAGAACAAGCCAGGUUAGACAAUAAUAUCUUUGUUUUUAGAUAUGAUUACCAUAUUUACUGGGAGCAAUUUCCAAUCUGUGUUCGAUUUCUUGCCUCAUUUUCUGAUCCUGACCUAUGUGGCUAGAAUAAAAUGAAAGGAGUAUUAAUUAUAUAGUGAUGAUACCAGACUGAUACCAGAUGAUACCAAUAUUGUUUCUCCUGGAUUAUUUCCUAGUGGGCUGGAUGAGCACUGUGAAUCACAAGGCACAACAUGUAAUGCUACCUGCACUGGCUAUCCUCUCAUACACAACAACUUAUCAAAGAACUCAUAGUACUUUUGAAUAUAACAGACAUGGGCCACAUACACACUACCUAUCUGGCUUGACACAUCAAAGAGGAAAGUAGGGAAGAAACUCCACAAAGACAUGUUAUCCUGUCCUUUCUUUCUGGAUUUUUAAAAAUCGUAUUCCUGUUCUUCAUACUAUGGAUAUAUGGACAUACAGUAUUAAGACUCAGUAUGAACUCCUCCGGUUGGACAGCAUGCUUAAACAACAGAAGAGAAAAUGAGUGCUACAAGUGUUUUAAGACAUUUAUUAUUGCCAGUAAUUAUGACUGCAACCUCAGUUAUGUGACUUGACAUUUCUGGUUCCUCCAGUGUUUACAAUGAUCUUAUAGUCUCAAAAACAGUUUCUAGGCGACGCUCCCGCUUUGAGAUAUUUUAUGAAUGCAGGCCAGGCCAGAUCCAGCAGCAUGCUACACACUAGGAGUGGGCACGAUGGCAAAAAUAUCAUAUUGCGAUAUUUGAAAUCAUCUUCAUCAUAUUUUAUAUCAUUAUAUUUAGUUUUGCUGAGGUUUAGGAUGACAGAAGAGCCAUAUUAUGCAAUAUUCAGAGAUUUAAACAAAAUUAAAGUAUUUAAUAAGGGAAAAGGAAACAAUUGGUACAAAAGUAGUUUUCUUUUUUUAACUUUGAAUCAGUUACAGCAAUAAUGAAGAAGCACUGACUCUUGACACUGCUCACAGGACUCUGUAUCAUGAGCUUAAUAUAUCGCAGUAUCGAUGUAAUAUUGUCAUAUUGCCCAACCUUACUAUCCAGAGCACAGCAUGGCCAUGAGACGGCAGCUUCUACUGAAUGGAGCAUAUCUGAGACACGCUGCAUGUGCUUAAUUAAAAUCAUGUUAAACAAUGCUUUUUAUAUAAUUAAUGCUUCUUUUUAAGAUCAGUUAAAGAUGCAGCAUUUAAUCUUUGAAAAAAGUACCAAACUGAUUAUUAUCUAAUUUGAUCUGAUCAUUAGCAAUGCAGCAUAGAUUUUCAGGUGACAUGUUUUGCAGUAUAUUUCAAUUUCAGAUGAGCAGAAUGUUGCAGUAGUAACAGUACUCUAAAGUCAUGUUUUGCUUUAUGAGUGGCUCAUAGAUGGUUACUCGAUAGUAAACAAGUGACUGUAAGGAAAGUAAAAAAAUUCACACAGUACAACAGACUGAACUUCACCAGCAAUAAUAUGCGACACCAUAUUGAAUAGUUCUUAGACUGUAGGUAUUGUACUGAUUACCAGUGUAUGAGUGUGUUUCCACCCACCUGCUCAUUCAUUAUUGGACUAAAGUAUACUAAUUGUAAAGGUUAAAAUGCUAGCUAUAAUUAUUAUUAUACGUUUUCUUUUUUUUUUUCUUUUUUUUUUUUUUUG